AUGGCGUCGUUGAAGGUGGAUUUGCCACGACAGUGUUCAUCCCUUUCGAAGAACAUCAACAUGGACAACCUCGUCAAGGACAGCGUCGACGAGGUCUGGAAGGAGAUCGUUGCCGGCGCUGAAACACAACAGUUGACACUCGAGGAUUUCUUGACCAAGGCUGGGUCUGUCAGAGACAAUGACGUCACACAUAGCAUGCUGUCUCCUCACAUGGUUGCCAAUGCCAAAACGUCAUCAAAAGUGCGCGGAAGGGGAAAGAGGAAGAAGACUGUGGAGGAACUCGUCGAUAAGGCCACUCUUCAGAGGCAGAGAAGGAUGAUUAAGAACAGAGAGUCAGCUGCUAGAUCCAGGGAACGCAAGCAGGCUUACACAGUUGAGCUAGAGUCUUUGGUUACACAUCUGGAGGAAGAAAAUGCACGAUUGUUACGGGAACAGGAUGAUAAGAAAAAGCAGAGGCUUAACCAGCUUUUGGAGUGCCUCAUUCCAGUUGUGGAGAAGUGUAAACCAAGACGAAUGCUUCGGAGAGUGAAUUCUGUCCAAUGGUGA